AUGCAUCAUUGGAGUACAACACGCGAGAGUGCCAUCGCACCCGGUCCAAUCGUUCCCACCUACCGGCCUAGCCUACGCUCGUCUAAGGCAAACCGCAAGAAGUCUAGCAUGCGUUCUUCAAUCUCUGAUCCUGAGAGCACAAUUCCGCUGGGUGCAGUAGAUCUUUCAAGGCCGCAAGCAUCCCCUCCACGGCCACAGGCUCGCUCAGCAGGAAUGGCCGAAAGGCCAUCCCGCAAUGAAAGUCUUUCAGAUCUAGUGCGCUUCUUCCAGACAAGUGAAGAUGAGCCCCCUACCCGUGCAGUUCCUGUGCGGAUUCCAACCUCCCCAGAAAGCACCACAGCUUUACCAAUCGUCACCGAGACAAUGGAGUCGGUUGAAGCCCCAAUUGAGCCGACGAAGGAAACGAAGCCGUUACGCCGUCGAUUCCUUCAGUUUACCCAACGCCACAAGAAGGAUCCCUUCACAAAGUCGAAGUUAAAUGAGAGCCAGCGCCAGAUCGAAGCACUUCAGCGGGAAGGGUUCCUGCUUGCAGCCCCUAAACCGAAGAGCACACGGUCGUCCAAAACUAGUACUAGUUCAAGGAACAGUUUGGAAAGAACAUUCUCCAAGUCGAAGAAGCAGGACGUGGAGACCAUUGGGCAGCCAUGGCUCGAGACCGAUUCAAAGAGAGGCUCUUCCGAGUUCAAGCAGCACCUGGCGUCGCUCAACUUGAGUGACUUUGGAUCGAUGGUCGACGUGGCGGUGUCCUUGUCCAAGCACGAGGAAGAUGUAUCGCCUCCGCCCUACCAGCCGCCAUCUUCGAGUACCAUCCCAACUCGGAAUGGGCAUUAUGGCUCAUCUUAUUCCGCAUCGUCUGUACCUCCACCAGGAUCCUCUGCCUAUGCUCGUCCCGAGAACUCCAAUCCUCUGUCAUCGCCCAUGUCCACGACUGCGACUCACGGCAGCGCCUCUCCUCAUGGACAUGACCGGCAAGCUUCUACUUCCACGUCUAAUAGUUCCAACAGAUUGAUUCUCGAUCCUGAUAUCAAGUCUCCAUCUCGAAAGCCGAAGCUUGGUCUGGAUGAGCGCCAAACAGGAGCAUCGUCAAUUUCUUCCGUCUCGGGCAGCAUCAAAAUCGAGCCAUCCAACGCGAAUACCAGCAAGCCUGUUCAAGCUUCUGAUAAAACUGCUUUGGGCUCAUCCGGGAGCUCAGGUCUACCCCCUUCGCUGAAACUCUUUCCCGCCGUGGCGCCUCCACGCCUCUCUAGCAAAAACUCGUGGAAUGCUUUGCCAGUAGCUCCAAGCAAAAAGUCGCCUCGUCUCCCAUCGUCUGUGAACUCGCUGUCCAAUCAGUCGGUAUCAGAUGGGAAGUCCGUGAACGCAAGACUGCGAGAUAUUUCAUCCGAGGUACACGAGGAGAAUGGGGGACGAAGCGUGUCUGGGGCUACUGUGAGGUCGACAGUCGGCUCAACAUCAAAUGAGACUCAGCUCCCCUCGUCGAUCAGUAAGGAACACAACAUGAACAAAAGCCUGCUUUCUUCGCAAGCAACAAUGGGGACUCUCCAGUCUUUCCCUAUGCCGGCGCCCACGCGACCUCUGCCAUCGUUACCUCAGCCUGGUCGCGCGCCUCCAGCCAUUCCCGAGUCACAAUGUCUUCCAACGGCUCAGAUUGCUCGAACAGGACUCAAGGCUCUAGAGUCUACACCUCUUCAUUCUUGUUCAAUGACAGAGGAAACUCACGCAAUCGAUACCGAGAAGGAACUACCUGUAUCGGUGCCGGAUUCACCAUCUUCGGCUGUUUUGAACAGCCGAAGUGAACCUGAGACAGGGUCUGGAGCGGACCCGGAAAGCCCUAGCUCUGCAUAUAUCCAAGACAUCUCAGUAUCAACAUUCCCACAGCAGAACGCAGCACGGCAACGAGCCCCAAGCAUUCGUAUCCCGCGUGUGCAAGAGCCUCGAGACAGUGCAGGCUACAAUGAGCCUGAGGGCGCAGCCCUGGCUGAUUCUCCGUUGCUGGGACGGACGACCGAGGCCGACACUGGUCGCAAGCGUUCCACUCGUAAAAAACUUGAAAUCGACUCGGCAAGCGCGCGUAUGGAUCGAAGCAACCUUCCAUUUGGGCUACCUUCACCACCACCUACUGCAGUUUUGCCGUCGGAUCCUCCUUCACAGUCUCUUCCGGACCGCCCCAGCAGUAGCAAAAACAAAACGGCUUCUGAACUGGCCAGCGGACGAAUCCUCCAGGGGGUUGAUCUGCACCAUAUUGCCAGCCAUCGCAGAAGGUCUAUGAUCUCUCGGAGUAACAGCUCUCACAGCAGCCUACGACACGAAAGUAUACCCGAAUCGGCCGAGCCCAGCCAUUCUGAGUCGCCGUUGCCAUCUUCCGAUGAUGAGGGAUUUGGACCGAACGCAGAAGCGACAAGAGCUCGUCGUGCAGCAGAGAAGUCUUCCCGACUCCUGACCUCCCUUCAUCAUGGUUAUGCCACCGUGGACGCCAGACCCAGCCAUAGUCGACCACGCUAUCCCCAGUCCAUUCGAUCUCAAACCCCGCAGGGUCGCACAAGCAGUACUCUGGAAAGGACUGCCACUUCCCCUCAAUCAAACUACUCUCACUCCACUCGUCGGUCUCGUGAAUCCCGCAGCUCCCAUUGGACUCAGCCGGGGUCCAGUCAGAUGGCGCACUACCUCGAAGAUCGAGUCGCCAAUCUCGAGCGUCAGAAUCAGGUUUUACAGGCAGCACUUCUUGCUGCUCUGAACGCCGGGGUGAAGAACCCCUUUGAGGGUUUGAGUGACUUUGGUCAUUCUUCGAGUCUUGCGCAACCGCGCCAUGCAACCCAAUAUCAGACCAGAUUCGCUUCGCGUCCGGAUAGUUGGGUCGGCUCUACCCACAGCAGUGACCCCGGUGGCUUUGAGGCCCCUGCUCACUACCACGAAAAUCGACCCCAUAUGCGACAGCUUGACAACAUGAUGGAAGACAUAGAGAGUGGGUGGCUGUCUGACAAAUCUAGCGUCAAUGGUGCUCGAAUGGCAAGGGAGCGAUGA